AUGGCACCUUACGAACUGCUUUACGGGAGGAAAUGUAGGACCCCGGUGUGUUGGGAUGAAGUGGGACAAAGAGAAAUUGCUCCAAUUGACUUGAUAUCAUUAACAAAUAAAAAGAUUGAAUUGGUUAGAGCUCGACUGAAAGCAGCCCAGGACCGACAAAAAGCUUAUGCAGACAAAAGGAGGCGUCCUAUCGAAUUUCAGGUCGGAGAUUAUGUUCUAUUGAAAGUGUCACCAUGGAAAGGCAUAAUCCGUUUCCGCAAACGGGGAAAAUUAGGCCCUCGAUAUAUCGGACCAUUUAAGAUCUUAGCCCGAGUUGGAAUGGUUGCUUAUCGCUUGGAGUUACCGCCCUCAUUAGACGGGAUUCAGAAUACCUUCCACGUGUCGCAGUUGAGAAAGUGUCUCGCAGAUGAUACAACAAUUGUACCUCUCGAUGACAUCGAAUUGAACGACGGACUGAAUUAUGUCGAAAGACCAAUAGCCAUUAAAGACUCCAAGGUAAAGAACCUCCGCAAUAAGGCCGUUAGACAAGUAUUGGUGCAGUGGCAGCACAGAAAGGGUUCGAAACUUACAUGGGAAGCAGAAGACGAAAUGAGGAAGCACUAUCCGUUUUGGGGACAAAACCUCUUUUAA